GUAACAGUCCAGUCCGGGGUAGCGAUGGUCUACGGUCAGGUCUUAUCACUAAGCAGUUAGUUGUGCAUCGACCAAGCAACGAACGAGCUCUGGUAACUAUACCGCGCAUCUUCACGGUUUCUUCGCGGAACAAGCCUCCUUCCCUGCCUCGCUUUUCGUAUACCACGCGCGUAUUAUUCCACUCUUAGCUCGCUAUCUUUAGUCCGAGUCCGGCAUAUCAUCAGUGAACAGUUUUACAGCUUGAAGAAGAGAGAACGUUGGGACAGGCUGAAUUGAAGGAGCGGGUGGAAAAGAUCGGAGAGAGAGGAGAGAGGUCACCGUGCCCUGUCUGUAUUUCGCUCACACCACGCCAUGAAUAUGCAGCGUAUAUCCGAGGUGGUGCUGCUGGUGGCCGGGUUUGCUUUGGGGCUCUGUGCUUGUCACACCGUGAAAGUGAACAAACACAAGCCGUGGAUUGAGACGUCAUACCAUGGGGUAAUCACAGAGAACAUGGACAUCGUCCAACUGGACCCUCCCCUGGUGGCCCUUGAUAAAGACGCCCCCGUCCCCUACGCAGGGGAGAUCUGUGCAUUUAAGAUCCAUGGUCUGGAGGCUCCGUUUGAGGCGGUGGUGCUGAACGGGACGUCUGGUGAGGGUCAGCUGAGGGCCAGGGGCCUGGUGGACUGUGAGCUUCAGAAGGAGUAUACCUUUAUCAUUCAGGCCCAUGACUGUGGAGCAGGACCCGGGGGCACCGGGGGGAAGAAGUCACACAAGGCGGUGGUACACAUCCAGGUGAAUGAUGUGAAUGAGUUCUCUCCAGUGUUCCGGGAGGCCCAGUACCACGUGGCGGUGACAGAGGGGAAGAUCUAUGACAACAUCCUGCAGGUGGAGGCUACAGACCAGGACUGUUCUUCUCAGUACAGCCAGAUCUGUAACUACCAGAUCACCACCUCCAACACACCCUUCGCCAUCGACCGCAAUGGUAACAUCAGGAACACAGAGAAGCUGAGCUUUGAUAAGCAGCAACAGUAUGAGGUCCUGGUCACAGCCUUCGACUGCGGACAGAAGAGAUCCACAGAGAGCGUGGCGGUACACAUCUACGUUAAACCUGUCUGCAAACCUGGCUGGCAAGGCUGGGACAAAAGAGUGGACUAUGAGCCAGGCACAGGCAGCAAACAGCUGUUUCCCAAGAUGAAUCUGGAGACGUGUGGAGGGCUUCUCUCCUCAGUGAGGACCACGGUAGAGCUACAGACCAGUCAUAUUGGGAAGGGCUGCGACCGAGAGACCUACUCGGAGAAGUCCCUGCAGAAACUCUGUGGGGCCUCGUCGGGCAGCACAGACCUUCUCCCCGCCCCCAGCGCCUCCACCAAUUGGACGGCGUCCCUGGUGACGGACAGUGAGCGGGACAGCGACCUCAUCUUCCGGUUUGACGGGCGGCAAGCGGCGAAGAUUCCGGACCAGGUGGUACCACAGAACCUGACUGAUCAGUUCACCGUCGCCACAUGGAUGAAGCAUGGACCCAAUCCUGGACUGAGGGCGGAGAAAGAGACCCUGCUCUGCAACUCUGAUAAGACAGAGAUGAACAGACACCACUACUCCCUUUACGUCCAUAACUGUCGUCUGGUCUUCCUGCUCCGGAGAGACUUCAUCCAGGUGGACACCUUCAGACCUGCAGAGUUCCACUGGAAACUGGAUCAGAUCUGUGAUAAGGAGUGGCACUAUUACGUCAUUAACGUGGAGUUUCCUGUGGUGACACUCUACGUGGACGGAGUGACCUACGACCCUUACCUGGUGACAGACGAUUGGCCGAUCCACCCCUCUCAGAUUGACGUACAGCUCACUGUGGGCGCCUGCUGGCAAGGUGGUGAGGUUACGAAGCCGCGGUUCACUCAGUACUUCCGAGGCAGUCUGUCAGGGCUGACCAUCAGGCCAGGGAAGAUAGAGAGCCAGAAAGUGAUCUCCUGUCUACAGGCCUGUAAGGAAGGACUGGACAUCAACUCGCUGGAGAGCCUGGGCAAGGGCAUCAAGUUCCACUUCAACCCAGCCCAGUCGAUCCUGGUGAUGGAGGGCGAGGAUCUGGAGAACAUGAACGCUGCUCUGAGGAAGGUCUCCUACAUCAACUCCCGCCAGUUUCCCACACCGGGCAUCAGACGCCUGCACAUCUCAACCUCAGUACAAUGUUUUGGGGAGGACACGUGUAUCUCCAUCCCGGACAUCGAUGCAGUGGUGAUGGUGCUGCAGCCCAGUGAACCCAGGAUCACCAUAGCUGGGGUGGACAGACUGACCAGGCCAGCAGCUGACCUCAGAGGACCAGCCGGACUCACUCUGUUCCAGGACCUUCACAUCAUCAGUACUGUCACCAAGGGAGACACAGCCUCACACCAUACAGCGGGCAGGCCGGGGGUCCAGGAGGAGAUCAUUCAUAACCUGGACUACUGUGACAUCCUGGUGCUGGGGGAGGAGCUGAGGCCAGAGCAGGAGAGUCUCCAGCUGCAGCGUAGCACCCUGCUGGGGAAACACCUGGACGCCACCAACUCCACCUCCGGCAUGUCUAUAUACGGUGUGGACUCCAUGUCCAAUUAUGAGCAGGUGAUCAGGCAGGUGCGUUACCACAACUGGCAUCCCGCCCAGACCCCAGACAGGAAGUUCCGUCUCACCUGCUCUGAGCUAAACGGACGCUACACCAGCAAUGAGUUCACCCUGGAGAUUAGUGUACUCCACCAAUCAGAGGCUGGGGAGCAUGUCAAUCACAUGGUAGCCCCGUCCCAGUACAUGCAAGUCGUUCCUCAUCUGGCCAUGGUCCACAGUCUAUACCCCACACACGGUCCAGGAGUCCCCAGUGCUGCCACAGUGGUGAUAGUGAUCUGUAUCGCUGCCCUGGUGGUGGUGGUUGUGCUAGGUAUCUACCGUAUUCACCUGACACACCAACAGGAGGGCAGGAGCUCAGAAACAACCAAAGAGAGAGAGCUGGACUGGGAUGACUCAGCGCUCAAUAUCACAGUCAAUCCUAUGGAGAACUUCCAGGAGCCCCAGGGAGCUGAGGAAGAAGCCAGCGAAGAGGACGAGGAGGAUGAGGAAGACGAUGACAUCACCAGCGCCGAGUCAAACGACAGCGAGGAGGAAGAGGAGGAGGUCCCAGGAGCUCUCAGUGUAAAACAGGGCAGCAAGAGGGGCCAGCUGGACUGGGACAACUCUACAUUAACCUGCUGAAUACAGUCACACAUACACACUGACGCACACACACACACACACAAACACUAAUAUACACACACACAUGCUGAGGCAUCAACAUACACAUUACCAUAAAAUCAAUUGUUUAAUCAUGAGAGACGACCUGAGAUUUUUCUCAAUUGAGUCAACAUCUCCCCCUACUGGUGAAAAUGGAAAUGGUGAUGAGAAUAGAAUGAGCACUGAAGUAAUACACACGUGUCAAACACACACACACACACACACACUCACUCACACACGUGUCAAACCCGCACACACACACACUCAUUCACUCACAUACACACACACACACACACACUCACUCACAUACAAGCGAACAACGCCAACCUGUACUCCAUUUAAAAAUAAUCCUUUCCUUAAUGUCAAAUCAUGUGGUGUUAACUAAAGGCUACGAUGUGGUACUCCAAUGCUGUAACGCUAUCUUGUGGUCCUGAGUCAGUACCUCAGACCUCAAGCCCUCGUCCACAAGCUGACAGCUUAUCUACUGUUUUAUACUGAGACUGUCAAAAAACAACUCAACUAAAUGUUAAAAUACUCUAUACAGCUGAAAUUGCUCGUCAAACAUCUGAUUUCCACCUAUUUUUUCAGGGUCUAAAAUCUCAUCUGAAAAACUGUGGUCCUAUAGGUCGCCAUGAUCCUUCUCAAUGGUUUCUUUCCCAUAGGCACAUAGUGGUACAGUCCACUGUGCUAGAGUUAGCUUGGUACAGUGAGAUAGUUAAGAUGGUACAGUCCAAUAUAGGGAAACUCCUUCAAUCCUUACCAUGUUAUCUGUGUACAGUAUAUCAUACCUUCUGUCCAUUGCAUCAAAUUACAAUUUUAGGCAUAACAAGAAAAAAAUAUUAUUGCAUUGAUUUGCAGUAUUUUAAUACCUGAAAAAUAUUUUGGAGGUUUGUUGCAAUGGAAUAUAUUUGAUUUAAUGCUGUUUAUUUCAUCCUGGAUGAGGUGUCCAGGUGAUUUUAAAGAGUUAUCGAUUGAUGUGCUGUUGGAGAUGUUGUACUUACCUGAGGCAUAGUCAUAUAGGUGCCACAUUACAGAAUGUUCAGAAAUGUGUUGCAUAGAACUGACACGUUUCUCUGUCAUGCAAAACAAUAACCAUGUCAGCUCUGUGCAUUUAAAUUCUAUCUUCAAUAUUGUGUAUAUACAUUGCACACAACUGAAUAAGCACCCAGGUGAAAGUUGGCUUUUUCUGAUCUGUUUCUUGGACACACUACGAGAGAGGAGGAACCUUGUAAAUGUGUAUGUGUUCCUCUUACCUGUAGAUACUAACUAGAGUAGGUGACCCCGCCGUGAACCUAGCAAGCCCCCCUCUUUUCUUCUGUAUGUAUGCACAUAACCCCGCCCAUGUCAAUGAAAUCUGUACAUAUUACACCAAACCCUGCCCCGCUCUCUGUGUUUGUAUCUCUAUGUUCAGUUCAUUCCAAAUGGCUAUGCUUUCUGUCUGCUAAGACAGGCAAGUUAAACCAACUCAAGCCCAACUUAAGCCCAACUUAAACUGGUUAAUGGAAAUGUAAAAGAUCUUCUAUCGUUCUGUAGUCAAUACCAGCAACCCCCCUUACCCCUAUCUUACACAGUCUGCCUAAUAUAAAAUGUUACUUUACCUGGCAUGAGGAGAAAUUGAAAGUUUCUAUUUUCUACAUUUGAGUAUUUGACUGUGUGACCCUGCUUGAUGUAAUCCUUUCCAGGGAUAGUCCCUUGGUUCUAUCUGGGAGAACCCUGUCUUGAAGAGCCCGUGUAUAGCUAGCUAGCUACAAGUUCAUGUAAAGUGUUCAACAAUUGUGUAGGGUUACACCUGUGCUUGUGACGUGAGACCUUGUCCUCAACCUCCACCAUGUUACUUUCUUCUCCUGAACCCCUCUCACACCUGUACCCCUACCCCCUUGGAACUUUUGCUAGACUUUGCAUCAACCCUCCCCAAUGUUCUCCCAGAGUUUGUUUUAGAGGUGGAAGGUGAAAAUAAAUAUGAACCUUGUAAAAUGGGUAAAAGCUUUUUUAGUUUUUCUUGAUGUUUUCUUUGGACUGUUUUCUUAGUUUCCUUUGGUUGGUCACUACAGCACUUUCUGUAAAUGGACCAAUAAAGAGUUGUUUUAGAAUCUA